GGCAAGGUCCUCCAGAGCAGGAGCCCUCCUCUGCCCAGCCCCUUCCUGCAAACAAAGAGUAGGCUGCUUUCUUCUCUCUGCUUUGCAAAAACUUCCAAGGUGCCCCUCCUGGAAUCUGGACCCUGCAGCUUGUUGUGGCUUCUCAACUCCUCAGGAAGGAUGAAAGAGACUGAAUCUGUAAAUCUAGCGAGGAUGGAAGGGGGAAGAUGGACAGUUGACCUGGUCAGGUUGUCUCCUGCAUCUCUCCUCACAGCCUCUGAGUGUUCCCUCUCAGGGACCUCCGAGAGAUCAGGACCCUGCAGCCUGUUGUGGCUUCUCAACUCCUCAGGAAGGAUGAAAGAGACUGAUCCUGCAAACAUAGCGAGGACGGAAGGGGGAAGAUGGACAGUUGACCUGGUCAGGUUGCCUCCUGCAUCCCUCCUCACAGCCUCUGAGCCUUCCCUCCCAGGGACCUCCAAGAGAUCUGGACCCUGCAGCUUGUUGUGGCUUCUCAACUCCUCAGGAAGGAUGAAAGAGAUGGAUCCUGCAAAGGUAGCGAGGAUGGAAGGGGGAAGAUGGACGGUUGACUUGGUCAGGUUGUCUCCUGCAUCCCUUCGCACAGCCUCUGAGCAUUCCCUCUCAGGGACUUCCGAGAGAUCAGGACCCUGCAGCCUGUUGUGGCUUCUCGACUCCUCAGGAAGGAUGGAAGAGACUGAAUCUGUUAACCUAGCGAGGAUGGAAGGGGGAAGAUGGACAGUUGACCUGGUCAGGUUGUCUCCUGCAUCCCUCUUCACGGCCUCCAGGUGUUCCCUCUCAGGGACUUCCGAGAGAUCAGAUGGUGAUGAAUUGGAAGGGAAGAACAAGGGGGACCACAACAGAAUCCACAUAGCGGAGAAGUUAAAUAAAUAUUCAGAGUGUCGAAAGAACAUCCGUCAGAGCUCCCAGUCCACCUCCCAUCAAAGAAAGGACUUCAUUCAGAGGGAUAGGCUCACUUACCAUCAACGAAUUCAUACAGGGGAGAAACCCUAUCAGUGCUUCGAAUGUGGGAAGAGCUUCGGUCACAGGCAGAAUCUCACUUCCCAUCAAAAAGUUCAUACAGGGGAGAAACCCUAUCAGUGCUUGGAAUGUGGGAAGAGCUUCGGUCACAGUCAGAAGCUCACUUACCAUCAAAGAAUUCAUACUGGGGAAAAACCCUAUCAGUGCUUGGAAUGUGGGAAGAGGUUCAGUCGAAAGGACAGUCUCGCUUCCCAUCAAAAAGUUCAUACAGGGCAGAAAUCCUAUCAGUGCUUGGAGUGUGGGAAGCGGUUCAGCUGGAAGGAAAGUCUCACUUACCAUCAAAGAAUUCAUACAGGGGAGAAACCAUAUCAGUGCUUGGAAUGUGGAAAGAGCUUCCGUCUGAAGGAAAUUCUCACUACCCAUCAAAGAAUUCAUACAGAGGAGAAACCCUAUCAGUGCUGGGAAUGUGGGAAGAGCUUUCGACUGAGAGGUGAGCUUGCUUUGCAUCAAAGAGUACAUACAGGGGAGAAACCAUAUCAGUGCUUGGAAUGCGGGAAGAGCUUCAGACAAGGCUCCCAUCUCACUUCCCAUCAAAGAGUUCAUACAGGGCAGAAACCAUAUCAGUGCUUGGAAUGUGGAAAGAGCUUCAGUCAAAGUUCCCAUCUCACUUCCCAUCAAAGAAUUCAUACAGGACAGAAACCCUAUCAGUGCUUGGAAUGUGGAAAAAGCUUUAGUCACAGGCAUGAUCUCACUUCCCAUCAAAGAAUUCAUUCAGGUGAUAAACCGUAUCAGUGCUUGGAAUGUGGGAAGAGCUUCAGUCAUAGGCAGAGUCUCCAUUCCCAUCAAAAAGUUCAUACAGGGGAGAAACCAUAUCAGUGCUUGGAAUGUGGAAAGAGCUUUCGUCGGAGUGGGGAGCUCACUUCUCAUCAAAGAAUUCAUACAGGGCAGAAACCCUAUCAGUGCUUGGAAUGUGGAAAGAGCUUUCGUCUGAGUGGGGAGCUGACUUCUCAUCAAAAAGUUCAUACAGGGGAGAAACCAUAUCAGUGCUUCGAAUGUGGGAAGAGGUUCAGUCACAGAAACCAUCUCACUUCCCAUCAAAGAAUUCAUACAGGGGAGAAACCAUAUCAGUGCUUUGAAUGUGGAAAGAGCUUCAGUCAAAGCCAGAGUCUCACUUCUCAUCAAAGAAUUCAUACUGGGGAGAAACCCUAUCAGUGCUUCAAAUGUGGGAAGAGCUUCGGUCGGUUGUCCAGUCUCACUUCCCAUCAAAGAAUUCAUACAGGGGAGAAACCCUAUCAGUGUUCUGAAUGUGGGAAGAGCUUCCGGGAGAGGAGUAAGCUCACUUCCCAUCAAAGAAUUCAUACAGGGGAGAAACCCUAUCAAUGCUUAGAAUGUGGGAAGAGCUUCAGUCGGAAGGAUAGACUCACUUCCCAUCAAAGAAUUCAUACAGGGGUGAAACCCCAUCACUGCUUAGAGCCUUAAACUGUGGAAAAUAGAAUAGAAUAGAAUAGAAUAGAUCUUUAUUGUCAUUGUCCCCUUGCAGGAAACAACAAAAUUCCUCGGUUGCUGUAUCAACUCAAAUAAAGCUCUCCACAUAAUUUAAAAAAUACUGAUAAACACAUUACAAUACAGGACUGUUGUUGUUUGGUCGUUUAGUUGUGUCCGACUCUUCGUGACCCCAUGGACCAUAGCACGCCAGGCACUCCUGUCUUCCACUGCCUCCCGCAGUUUGGUCAAACUCAUUUUGGUAGCUUCGAGAACACUGUCCAACCAUCUUGUCCUCUGUCAUCCCCUUCUCCUUGUGCCCUCCACCUUUCCCAACAUCAGGGAGUCUUCUCUUCUCAUGAGGUGGCCAAAGUAUUGGAGCCUCAGCUUCACGAUCUGUCCUUCCAGUGAGCACUCAGGGCUGAUUUCCUUCAGAAUGGAUAGGUUUGAUCUUCUUGCAGUCCAUGGGACUCUCAGGAGUCUCCUCCAGCACCUUAAUUCAAAAGCAUCAAUUCUUCGGCGAACAGCCUUCUUCAUGGUCCAGCUAUCACUUCCAUACAUCACUACUGGGAAAACCAUAGCUUUAACUAUAUAGACCUUUGUAGGCAAGGUGAUGUCUCUGCUUUUUAAGAUGCUGCCUAGGUUUGUCAUUGCUUUUUUCCUAAGAAGCAGGCGUCUUUUAAUUUCGUGACUGCUGUCACCAUCUGCAGUGAUCAAGGAGCCCAAUAAAGUAAAAUCUCUCACUGCCUCCAUUUCUUCCCCUUCUAUUUGCUAGGAGGUAAUGGGACCAGUGGCCAUGAUCUUGGUUUUUUUGAUGUUGAGUUUCAGACCACAUUUUGCGCUCUCCUCUUUCACCCUCAUUAAAAGGUUCUUUAAUUCCUCCUCACUUUCUGCCAUCAAGGUUGUGCCAUCUGCAUAUCUGA